AUGCCCUUAGAGCACAGCCACACACAGAGUAAAGUGCUGGAUGCUUUCCUGCAUCCAGGAAGCACUGCAAAGGAGCAUUUUGGUCAACCGCAUCAUCUGACCGCAGCAGAGUACGUACCAUGCUUUGAGGACGGGACCCAGAGCCCACGGGAGAACGCCAGUCAAGCUAUUGUGAAAGACUCCGCAGACCCUCCAGGCUCUGGACAGCAGCACCUACUCAAGAAAAUUCCCUUCCCGAUGCGGCAGUCUUCAGACGAACAUAUCAGCCAUGCCUAUCACCUGCUGAUGACGCGGCUCAACGAGGAGCACGCCGAGGUGCGCUUCUCUGCUUUCCAGAUCGUGCAGGAGUUGUUCAUCCGAUCCCAUCAAUUCCGGGCGCUAAUCAUUUCCAACUUCCAAGAGUUCUUGGAGCUCACGGUGGGGAUAGACCAUGACCAACCUCUUCCCCCACCCAAAGAGGUGGCACAGAAACUGAGGAAAGCGGCCAUUAAGUCGGUGCAAGACUGGCAUGAGAAAUACGGAGAGGCCUACAAGAAGCUUUCUCUGGGGUACCGCUUCUUAAAGCAGAAUAAGAAGGUGGAUUUUCAAGAUGUGCAUGCCAGAACCGUGGCUGAAAGGAGGAGGGAAGAGGAGAAGCAAAAACGAUUGGAUAACAUUUACAAAGAAAAAGCCAAAAGAGCUGAAAAAGAAAUGGAAGAAAUGUCCCAAGAGGUUGCCGACACACUGACAGAGAUGGAAAACUGUUUCCGGCUUCUGAUGCCAGAUCCUUUCGACUUUGCUGUGAGCGACACGGAACUGGAACCCAACAAACAAAUGACUGCUAAUGAGGACAGACCUGCAUCCCCCUUGUCCUCCCAGAUGGAAGUUAACCAGUCCUAUUUUGGAUGCAUGGAUGAUGAACAGCCAUGCUGCAGCAAGGACAUUCUUUCUGUUUCUCAGUGUGUUAGAACUGAUAAAAACGAAGAGUCAGAGGAGAAACAGGAGAAGCCUGAGCAGAAAGAAUUAGAUGGAGGCACAUGCUUGGAAGUUCAGUCUGGUGUCCCUGCUCUCGAUGAUGAUGAUUACCAGACUUUUGUUAGGAACCAUGGGCUUAUUUCGCAUAAGUAUACUCUAGACCUUGAAAUCUCCACAGAUAUAAAAGUGCAUGAAAAUGAAGAUAAUACUGCCAUAAUAAACAAUGUCAUGGACGCUCACAAACUCCUCAGAAAUAAGUUCUGGCCUUCUGUGCAGUCCUGGAUUCAGUUAUUUACCAGAGCAGGGAUAAAUGAUGAUCGGCUAAGAUGUGCCAUUGAUCUCAAGAAUAAAUUGGAAACUGCUAUGAAGAAAUACAAGGAAAUGAACAUUUCCUUUAAAGCGAGAAAAAGAAAAGUGAUGAAAGCCUCGGAUGACGAUGACGACGAGGAGGACGAAGAUGAAUUUGUGGAGGUCCCUGAGAAGGAAGGUUAUGAGCCCCACAUUCCAGACCACCUGCGUAAGGAAUAUGGGCUAGAACCCCAGUCACCUCCAAAAGCACUGGUGGGGAAGACAUCAAUAGGACCAACUCCACUGAGCUCCUGUGCCCAGCUGAAAGGGAAUGAAGACGAACUGGAUCCAACCUGUGCAGCUGCCACACUGAAACUUAUUAGAGACAAACUACCAAAGUUACCAUGUCCACAUGCCAGUGACUCUGCAACUACUGGAGCAGCUUUGGAAGAGCCUGACAGUAAGAGAAGAAAACUAGAAGAAGAAAGAGCUAAAGCUCCCCUCAUGCCUUUUGGAUUAGAUCUUCACUACUGGGGACAGGAUCAGCCAAGUGCUGGGAGGAUUCUCAAAUUUACUUCUGAGCAUCGAUUUUGGGCACCCAGUGAAGUAGAGGAAGAGGUGGAAAAUAAAGAAAUAACUGAAAUGUUAAAAACUAGAUAUAUAACAUUUGCUGGCAAGUUUGAACCGGUGAAACAUAAAUGUCGAGCACCAAUGCCUGAUGGAAGUCUGUGUGAAAGACAAGAUCGGAUUAAGUGCCCUUUCCAUGGAAAGAUAAUUCCUCGGGAUGAAUCUGGGAUUCCCGUUAAUGCAGAGGACAGAGCCAGAGAAGAAAAGAUGCGGUUUGAGAAGCAAGCGGCUCAGCCAGAGUGGCGAGAUCCAGAAUUCAUGAGAGAAGUUGAAGCAGCUACAGGAAUGGAUCUUGGUUCCUCUAAAAAUAAUGGAAAAGGAGGGAAAAAGAAAGGGAAGAAGAAAAAAUAUCCAAAUCUGACAGACCUGAAGCAGCAGGCUAAUACUUCUCGUUCCCGGCUUGAGAAGAAAGUCUUCAAUAAAGGUGCUAUGAAACGCGUGGUGAAAGCAAUGAACCGAGUGGACCAAAGAAAGCAUGAGAAGUUUGCCAACCAGUUUAACUAUGCACUGAACUAAAUUGUAAUAAAAUGGAGGGUAAAAAUGAUUAACAAGAGUGCAACUACACAAAACCUUUAUCACAGACCUUCAUAUUUACACUAAAAUACUGUGCUGUGUGCAUUUUUACUGGGGUAAUUUUUAAAAUUUUUUUCAACUUCUAACUUAUUUGAUAAUGAAUGUGAAUUUUGACAAAGAUGUGGUGAUAUAGAAUGGAAUACA